GCUGCUCUGCCUGUCUCCAGCUCAACAUCGAAACAUGGUGACCAACAGUGCAAUUCUGGUGACAUUCAUUUCAGUAUUGCUCCUCUCUGUGAAAUGCGGAGGCGCUGUGGUUACCAGACACCUUCAAUCCACAGUUCAUCACACUAAUAGUAAUUAUAAAUCAACUUGUCAUGAUAAGUUCAUGUCUGUUUACAUACUAAAGGAACAAUUUCCUGAUCUUCCUUUCAACAUUUAUAUUCAAGAUGAACACAGUGGAUAUCACCAAGCCAUUGCUGUACCACCACAGUGCCACUACAUCCUCAGAGAAACUGAAAGCUUCAUUAACUUGACAGUUGCCUCUCAUGGGUGUUUUGUGAGAAGACAAAAAUAUCACACCCACUUGCCUGUUGUUAUCAUGGGACAUGCAGAGAAGGGAAGACUUGAGAUUGAAAAGAGAAUACAUGUCAUCUGUGAGAGGAAAAUCAAAGAGAUGAAGAAAUUUGAGUAUCCACUGGUAUCAGGAAAUCAUUUCUGCAGCAAAGAUGGGUUCAACAUUAACAUUUCUCAGAAUGCAACUGUCCCCCAUCUGGACCUGGAUGCACUCUGGGUCCCUUCUGGACUAAGUGCAAACUGUAAACCCCAAAAAAGAUCCAAAGAGGCCGUCACCUUCAACUUUCCAUUCACUGAUUGUGGUACACAGUACUCGGCAGGAGAUGGUAUUAUAAAAUACUGGGUUAAGGUUGAGGUGAAACAACAUCCACAGAAGGGCUCUAUAUUUCGUAACACUCCUUUCAGUCUUACAGUACAUUGUAGCUUCAUGCUGGCCCAAAUUACCCAGCUGGGCCUCAACAUUGAACAGGAAAAAUUCCAGGACCCCUUCACAUUGAAGAGUGAGGGAAUACUGAGUACUGGAGUGAGAUUUGCCAAAGAUCCAAAUUAUAGGACAUUUUAUUCCUCUCGUGACCCUCCUGUGGUCAAGCUUGGCCUGCCAGUGUACGUAGACAUCUAUGUGCUCAAACAUGAGGACCGAGACUUGGUGCUGUUGCUGGAGGACUGCUGGGCAACUCCCACUAAAAACCCUCAUGACAAACAAAGAUGGGACCUACUUGUUAAAGGCUGUCCUUUCAGUGGUGAUAGCCACAUGACUGUUGUGUUGCCAGUUGUCUCCAGUAAGGAGAUGAAGUAUCCCUCUCUCCAUAAGUGGAUGGCCUUCAAGCUGUUCUCAUUUGUGAAGUCCCAGUCAGAUGAAAACCUGGUAUAUCUGCACUGUGACAUAAAGUUCUGUAAAGGACCGGAUUGUUCACAGUCCUGCAGCAAUGAAAGGCGUAAAACAAGAUGGAUCACACCACAGCUUGGGCAGAGUACUCUUUUUAGUGUAGUCUCUGGUGGACCUCUUCUUUAUCUAAUGUAAAAUGCCUUCUAGAAAGCUUCUAAAGUAGUGUGCAACAACUUCUCUGAACAUCCAUGUGAACCUCACAUGGACUUCAUAUAAAGGCUAAUAAGCAAAAAGA